CUUUCUGUACACCAUUUAUUACACAAAAUCCUUGCACUAUUUUUCACACUACGCCGCUCUUGCACAACCAACUUUUUUUAAAGCAUUAGGCAGUUUUCAGAAGCAGCACUAUUUGCAUUUUCUUUUUUCACAUUAAGCGAACAAAGAAUCUUUUUCCAUUCUCGUGUUUCUGUUCCCCAACGCCGAAGGAGCCAACCAUUGCGAUGUUUACCAAACGUUGGGCACUUCAGCUCCCAGAAGCCCCAGUCCGUUUCCGGUCCUGCGGCGGAUGUGACGUCUGGUUUAUCGCCCAUGGCCCCUUCCUAUUGGCCGAGAGCUGCUCAGGAGAUGUCUGACGCUGCGGAGCAACCGGGAGCGACGAGCGAUGGAGCUGUGAGUGGCAGCGGCGCCUCGUACUUGAAAGGAAGCGCAGUGUGAAGAGAAGUAACGGCCUCUCCAUCGGACAGGACCUCAGCAAGACACCCUCUGAGGACAAGCAGUCACUUGCACUGAAAAGCAACUUGUUGUGGGCCUGGUGUCAAGGAAUGCUUAAGACUGAAACAUUACAUCAUAUUACACUAGUGUGUGUGUUCUCACCCCCCGAACAAAAAAAAACAGGUGGAGGGGUAAGAAGGAAGGAUUUGGCUGGAGAAGUUUUGGAGAGCAGCAGCUCAGCAAAAAGUACAGGUUUUUGAAAUUAACAGCAUUCUGAACCAAACAAAAACACCAGUUAUUUUUAAAGAGCAACUUUAUAUUGUUAACAAACUGGAAGGCCUACGGUUAGAAGAGAGUCUAAGCUCAGGCUUAAGGCAUCGGAGAGGAGGAAUAAGAGACCUGAUGUCAGCGCAAGAAAAACUAUGUGACACUCCAAGUUCAGAGUUGAAAGAAGUGAAUCCAAAUGUAAUCCAUGAACCUGACUUACUGAAUGGUAACAUGGAAUCUGAAGAAAGGGAAAUGGUUGAAGAAGAAGGGUUCAUGGGCAUUGCACCACUUUUACCGGCAUAUCAUGCUAUGGAAAAGAUGGAAGAGUUUGUUCACAAGGUAUGGGAGGGGCGAUGGCGUGUCAUCCCCCAUGACGUGCUUCCUGAUUGGUUGAAGGAUAAUGACUACCUCCUGCAUGGCCACAGGCCACCAAUGCCAUCUUUUCGUGCCUGUUUAAGAAGCAUCUUUAGGAUCCACACAGAAACCUUAAACAUUUGGACGCAUCUCAUAGGUUGUCUUUUCUUCCUGGGUCUUGGAAUUUUCUACAUGUUUAGGCCGAACAUAUCCUUUGUAGCUCCUGUGCAGGAGAAAGUAGUAUUUGGGGCGUUCUUCCUGGGGGCCAUACUCUGCCUGUGUUUCUCUUGGUUGUUUCAUACGUUCUACUGCCAUUCAGAAAAUGUUUCACGUGUAUUUUCCAAAUUGGACUACUCUGGUAUAGCACUUCUAAUAAUGGGCAGUUUUGUACCAUGGUUGUAUUACUCCUUCUACUGCAAUCCCCAACCAUGUUUCAUUUACUUGCUUGUUGUCUGUGUACUCGGCAUCACAGCAAUUAUAGUGUCCCAGUGGGACUAUUUUGCAACACCACAGUACAGAGGUGUACGUGCUGGAGUAUUUGUGGGAUUAGGUUUGAGUGGAGUUGUACCUACUCUGCACUUUAUGAUAUCUGAAGGAUUUUUCAGGGCUGCUACAAUUGGACAAAUUGGCUGGCUAUUCCUAAUGGCAGCAUUGUAUAUCACAGGUGCUGCCUUGUAUGCUGCCAGGAUUCCAGAGCGUUUCUUCCCUGGGAAGUGUGACAUUUGGUUCCAUUCCCAUCAGUUGUUCCAUGUUCUGGUUGUAGCUGGCGCAUUUGUCCAUUUUCAUGGUGUCUCGAACCUUCAGGAAUUUCGACAUGGUGUUGGUGGUGGAUGUGCUGAAAAUGGCUUGCUAUGAGACUGAUCUUUAAUUAGAUGUGCAGAGAAACUAUAAUCAAUGGAACUGGUGAUAGAAAUACUGAAGACUGUUCUGAUAAUUCUUACACAGUUGUAAUUUGGGUCCGUCAGUCCAAUAUUGCGUGUUUCACAACUAGUGAUCAGUUUUCUCAUCUGUUUUGGAUGAUGCUAUCUACACCUGGAAACGAAUGGUAAUCAGAUGACCUGGGAACCAACUGGAAGAGUGCAUAACUAGUUUGGGCUUCAUUGGAAAUACAGGACUACAACUGCAUCAGAAUGGUGUUUUCCACAACCACCAUGGGUAGCCAAAGGAAGUAACCCUUGUAGUAGAGAUGGACAAAGCCACUAUGCUUGAAGUCAGCAAAUGAAGGGUUAUCCAUGCAAUUGUCUAACUAGUUGUAAAAUCCCAAUUAAAAUAUGUAAAUUAUAAAUUAUAAUCUAGUAUGUAAUUUACAUAAGUGCUGAAUCUGAAGCAAAGUUCUGCUUUUAUUGAAUACCAUAUUUAUUUCUAUGAAAAAAUAUAAAAUGGAAGAAAAUUUUGAAGGAAUUAGUACUUCUGGCAGGGUCUGCUGCUUAUAACAAUAAGGUCCUUGUAAAUAAGAUUUCUAACUUUCAGUUAAUUAGAAAAUUUAUAUUAUGAAAAGACUUUUGUACAGAGAGCAUUUGCAAGAGUACCACACACUGUUAACUUACAUUGCACAAAUAUUAGUAGACAUCACUUCAGGUAGUAGAAAGAUGCUAGUAUACGAAGCAAUGCAAAAAGCCUUCCUUGCGAUGGCUUUCCCACUAAGUGUGCUGUGAGGCCUGGUAAUUUUAUUUUUUAUUAUGCCGUAUGCUAUGCUAAUAGACAGCAAUGAUCGGUGAAAUCAACUUGAAGCAGGAGUGCAGAUUUCUACUGAUUGUGCACCCAGUUCAGCUUGUAAGGAAUUACAUGCCUUUAUAUGUAUGCAUAUGUUGUAUAGACAUAUUCAUUCAUAUACAAAAAUUUAAUUUUGAUUGUUGUGAUGUCCUUUGCAUGGGUUGGGGGUAGGACUUGUCACUACAUUUUGUUGGUUGGUUUGUUAGUCGUUGACGUAAAGUGAUUCAACUGGAUCAAUGCAGUUUGCUUUCGGUUCAGUUAAAAUUCAAAAUCAUCAGCUUUAAAACAUUUUUAGCUUAUUUUGUCCCCGUGGAUAUUCCAGCAAAUCUAAAUUACUGAAAUAAGCAGGUCUUUUAUGGUUUCCAUUAUUAUUGUAGGUGCAAAAUUGAUUCCUUCCUCAUUUCUGACUAUAGUAGUAGUAAAGAAACUGAACAUCGCAGUUUCUAUUUGAGAUUCAUGUUUUGAAAUAAUAAAUCUACCCACUAUAAAUCAUUUAACUUAUUUAUUGCACUCCUAUUGCAUUCAAACAUGAUAGCUUCUGUUAUCUACACAGCUGUAAUGACAGCUACUGUUUUAUGGUUGGAUAUUUUCAGUAGAAAUAAUGAAAUUUUUAAUUCUGACAAAGGAUAGUCAAAUUACUCAAUAUUGAUUAGUGCUUGCUUUGGCACUGGGCUACCAUGGAUAUUUUUUUCAUUCUCCCACACUCUUCCCCUUUUCCUGAAUUGUUAAAGUUGAUUUCGUGUUUAGAUUGGUUCAAGUUGGACAGUUGAUUCAAGUGCUUAGCAUACAGGAAGAAAGAUGCACCUUGAUUCAGUCGGCUGAGCGUGACUAUUGGCUGCAGUUAUGAAGAAGCCUGAAAUGCUAAUGUGAAAGUAAUGCAUUAUUGGCAAGGAGAGAAAAAGUGCAGUAAAGAACUGAAGUCUCCGCUCAUGAGCUCCAGCAAUCGAAAGUAUUUUCAGCUCUGAGCCAAGGUGUGCUUGACUCACCAGGUGUUGGGUUCAUGAACCUAAAAUAAGAAGCUAUAGUGCUCUUUAAAGGAAAUUUAUUUUGGUUAUUCUUACCUUUAAUAUUGCUUGAUCUUAUUGUUUCCUUCUCCAUUCUAUUUGUCAAAAGACCAGUAUGUCAUUCUGUUAGGCAGCUAGAAUGAGUGCUGAUAAUAGUAUCAAACGAAGAAAGUGCUCCUAGAGGGUGCAAAGUUUGUACCGGUUUCUUUGACAAGAGCAGAUAUGACAUUAAAUUAAACAUUAAAUGUAAUGGGUCAAUUUUUUAUGUUUUACAUCAUAUGUUUGUAGUUGGAUCAAAAAAUAAUUUGCAGGAUAAGUAAAAAUGUUCAUGAUAUGUUCAAGCGUCAAGAGCCUACAUACCAAAAUGAGAAACUGACUAAAAGCAAAAUUUUAUUUGUUUAUUGAGUAUUAAAUGCACAAUAAUUGCUGCUUAGCUCAAAUAAGAUUUCCUAAGAGUUUGUCCAAUGCCUUAUUUGAAUCAAUUAUUUUGCUUGCUGUGGGAAUGUUUUAUAGUCAAGAACAUUUCAUUUUCAAAUACAAUGAGGCCUUGUUUAUUUUAUUUUCCAAUGCUUUACUUCGUGUCUCUAGAUUAUAUAUUGGCUGAGGGUGCAUAAUUGUAUUUUUACUUGAUGUAACAUUCAAUUCAUCUAAUAAAAAAAUUAUAAUUUUU